AUGAUGCUGGUUAAAUACACUAGGAUAGCAAUUAUUGGUGGUGGUCCUGCGGGGCUUGCGGCUGCUAAAUCUUUUGGAUUACUGCCUACUAAUUUUGAAGUUGAUUUGUUCGAACGAAAUGACAAAUUGGGAGGAGUAUGGUUGUAUAAUGAAAAAAAGACAAAUGGAUUGCAAGAUGCAAUAGACAUUAAUAAUCCAUCGGUUGGUAGGAAUGAAUUUUUCUCACCAAUGUAUAAGCAUUUGGAAACAAACAUAACAGGAAAGCUUAUGCAAUAUGCCAACAGUUCUUUUCCCUCUGACGUCUUUGCAUAUCCUACUAGACAAGAAGUUUUUCAAUAUUUACAGGAAUAUUCUCAUACAAUUCCAAAAGAUACAAAAAUACACUUAAAUUCUAAUGUGCUUUCAUUGACUAAAAGGAGCAAGGUGUGGGAAGUACAGGUGGAAGAUUUGAAAGUAAAGAAGACAUCAAUAAAGCAAUACGAUGCUAUUGUUCUUGCUAAUGGUCACUUCGAGACUCCAUUCAUUCCAAAAGUUGAAGGUCUAAACUCGUGGCAUAUUAAACUGCCUCUGUCAAUAACUCAUGCAAAGUAUUAUAAUGAUCCCAAUGAGUUUGCAAACAAGAAUGUUCUUGUUGUUGGAAGUUCAUCAAGUGGUUCUGAUAUUGCAAUACAAUUAAGUGUCAGGUGCAAUAAGGUAUAUGUUUCUAAUAGGGGCAAUUCUCUCGGGCCUGAGUUUAAAAAUCUACGUGCAUCUGUCAUAGGACUUAUAACAAAAUAUGAUUUUGACAAUAACAAGUCUGUAACCACUGCUGAAGGUGAUACUAUAAGUGAUAUUGAUACAGUCAUCUUUUGUACUGGUUACAGAUAUGACUUUCCGUUCCUAAAGAGUUAUAUGGAUGACGAGUCUAUUUUAGACCCUGAAGGAACUGUGGUUCAUAAUCUAUAUAAGCAAAUGUUUUAUAUCCCAGAUCCAUCUUUAGCCUUUUUAGUUUUACCAAAAUUAAUUGUUCCUAUGCCAUUAGCUGAAUCACAAGCUGCUGUUUUGUCCAGAGUCUUCAGUGGCAAGAUGAAAUUACCAGAUACAGAAACUAUGACAUCUGAAUAUUUAAAAGAAUUUGAAACGAAAGGUAAGGAAUUCCAUAAUUUAAAAUUUCCUGCUGAUGCAGACUAUUGUAAAUCAUUACAAGAAUGGAUUGACCUGAACAAUCUUUCCGAUUACGGUCUACAUGCACCUACUUGGAAUAAGGAAAAAUAUGACGACAGAAGUAAAUCAGGGUCAAUGAAAUCGGAUAGAAUAGCCAAAAUCAUUAAGCAUGCCAAUACUUUAAGAGAUAACGGUGAAUCUUUCAGAUUAUUACAAUGA